UACAUAACCUGGGAGUUGGGUAAUAUUACAACAAGUGACGGUAUACAUGAUGUGGGUCGAGGUAGCACAAAGGAAAGAAGACUGGGAUGAAUUUUUUGAAAUUUGUGGAAGAGAAUUCGUGGAUUCAGCAUUCGCGAGAAGAUAUCUUCCAGACAUUGAAAAAAGAAAACUUUUAAUGCCGUUAUAUUUCCGAUACCUGUAUGAAUCUCGUUACUCGGAAGAUCAAGGAAUGUUGUUUUUGGUGAAAACAAAAAACGAAAAAAACAAAACAUCAAUCGUGGCAGGAUGGUUAGCUAUUUGUGAUUUUUCGCCGCGUCAAGCAGAUAUCACAAAGAUGGUCGAAGUUUAUAAGGAAGGAACCGACCUAUUGAUGAAAGUGGAAGAAUGGCGUGCAAAAAAUAUUCAUCAAGUUAUUGAAAAUGCUGCAGAAGACCUAAACAUGAAAGCGAUAUAUGGUUCUCGAAUGGUUGUGGUAAAAGCAUACGCAGGUCAAAAUAUUUUAAAAAGACAUUCCGAUGAAAUGUUGCAUUUGUGUUCAAAAGAGACGAAGAAAAGAUAUGGAAACAAUACAAGUUUCUUUCUCUAUUGGACCAGUUUGGAGAACAAGCUCAUUGGCCAAACAUAUAGGAUAGCUCAUCUGCAUUAUAAUUACCAACCUGGACUAAAAUGUUUCGAAGAUUCGUCUGCAAAACGUGAAAUCGAAAUAAGCUGUCAUUUCGUCAUGGCAGACCUGGAAAUGGUUGAAAAACUAAGGCAAUAUUUUUCUCUCCUAAACAAAUUGUGAUGUAAUUAAAUCAAUACUUUAUAUAUAAAGUACUCAAAUUGUUCUAUACUACAUAAUAUGUAAUAUACAGGGUUUCCCCCUCCCCAUUCCCAUAAAAAUAAAUUAACCCAUAAAUUUCUUAA